AUAUCAAUCCCUUUAAAAAUAUUUUCAGGACAUUUUAAGUAGUUUGCUUGUAUUUAUUUAUUACAUUUACAAAUAGACUAGGAAACUAUAAGUUCAUAUUACUUAAAUGAAUAACCAUAAAGUGUCAACUAUCUUACUGUUACUAUUUCUGUCAAUAUUCAAUUUCUACUGUUUGGUAAUACUUAGCAACCAAGUAGGAUUUCAAAACAUUAUAUUUAUGCCAAUAAUUACCACGGGGAAACUAACCACUGACUUACAAAAGUUCAAUUGGGACGCGUUUCUAGACUAUAACAAAGCAAAUGGUAGUAAUAUCGACCUCGUAAUUUCUGGACUGAUCCACAUCCUUCUACCCUACCUAAUUCAAGAGCCGCUGCAUCCCACAAACAAAUCAUGUUUCCCGCCACCACCCCCAUCAAAUAUAUCUUGCCCUCCAAGAUUUCACAAAAGGUCGACAGUCCCCAAAAUCGGGGUCAUGCUUCAAUUUGGAUUUGACGUAGAUUCCCUAGAAAUCCAUCUCAACGAAUUGUACGACAAUGUGGACAAGUUCUUUAUACUGGAAUCUACUAGAACACAUUUUCGAACCGUGAGAAAACCAUUACUCUGGGAAAGAGUAAGAUUGCAACCCCGUUUCCAGAAAUUUAGUGAUAAAAUCAUCCCAUUCACGUUAGAUGACGCCGAAUCUGCUCAUCUCUCAGAAAAAGUGAAGACAUUUGCUUUAGAAAGUUUACAAGAGAGGUUAAGAUGGGAAAAAUUCUUACAGUGGAAUAAUUCGACCCGCUUUUUCGAAGAUCAUGACCUAUUAGGAUUUGGCGACGUCGAUGAAGUUCCAUCUCGUAACACGAUACUAAUUUUGAAGCAUUGCGACCUACCCGUGAACCCGGUUGAUAUUGGGAUUUGGUUCCCAUUCGGGAACAUUGCGACAGCCAUCCGUACCGAUUUUCCGGUUCCCGGGUAUCCCUAUACUCUAGGGGAUCCUACCUAUUGGAAGCUAAGCACUGCCGUUAAAUUUUCGACAAAUGGAAAGUUUCCCUCCCGAAUGCGUGGGGCGUCUCCUAUUGCCCUUCUUGGUGGGAUGCAUCUAACUCAUUACGGUUAUCUCCCGCAUCAAAUUGUGAAACGCUUUACACUCAGUGAAAGCAGUUUAGACUAUGUUUCAAAAAUGGCGGCAAAAAUUAAGGAGUCCGUCGAUCGUGAUCCUGACCUUGUCGAAUUGGAGAAGGAUUUCGCAGCCAUGCCUGAAGUUUUCAGACACAGAAUGAGCAAUCUGACAGAAUUGUAUGAAAUUGAUGAACCUGGGAUUCGGCAGAUUGCGGUGUUGCCAUGGUUUUAUAAUUGUAACCGGGAAAGAUAUCCGAGCUGGGAGGGGCGUCACGAUACAAGGUUGGAUAUUUGAGACGGAUUGAAACAUUUCAAUGAGUAAAUAAUUUUGAGAUUGAUGCCAGACAAUGAAAAUUAGUGCAAAUUUAUUUAACGGUAGUGGUAAAUAUCUUGAUUACAGUGUAAAUAUCUAUAAAUAAAUUAGAGCUAUUAAAA